UUCACAUUUUCACAGAUUUUCUUAGUCUCAAAAAUAUAAAAACCUAUUUUGACUCUAUGCUCAAAAACGAGUGGAGUUAUGUUUCACAAAUUAGACAAAAAACUACAGAUAGAAAAAUGAGAAUCAACAGACUAGAAACUUUUCUCAAAUGAACAGAUGCUUGAAAAGUAUCUCAUGAGAACGCUGUCUACAAACUGAUUUUGUUUUCACCUUUGAUAGGAACAUAAAGACAGAAUCUAUCUAUUGCUUUUCAUUGUAUAGUUCAAAUCAUAACAGUACAGAUGAUAUAGAAUUCAUCUGUUCUCUAUAUAGUUUUAACGAUCAUCGAAAUGCUAAUGUUUUUUUUUUCUUUUUAGAAUACUUUCCCUUGUAAAAACAAAGGUGAUUGUCAAAUAACAUUAGAAACACGCCGUAAUUGUAUGGCCUGCCGCUUAGCCAAAUGUUUUAAUAGUGGAAUGCAGCGUGAUGGACUUUCUACGGAUGAACAAAAAGCAUCAAAACGUCGUCAAAUAGAAGAAAAUUGGAGUUUAGCAUUGAAUUCAAAUUCUAAAACAAAUGAACAAGAGUUUCAAUUGUCAUCAUCCACAUUUUUGGACGAUUUAUUUACAUCGAUAGACACAAAUAUUCUUCACACAGAUUUUACUUAUCUUCUAUCACCUCAGCCACAACAGACACUACUCAGUCCGGAAGAUUUACAACGUAUAGAAACUAUAUCACUUUUUUAUCAAAAUCCUGUUGAGUUUGCAACUCGUGAUGGUCUUCCAUGGGAUCCAUCAACACAUGUAAGAACUGUUUUACAAGUUUUCAAUAGUGAUUCAAUAUCAGUCAUGCGACUUUUAUCAUUCUUCAAACAAAUACCUGAAUUUAAUCAAUUAAAUGUUGAUGAUAAAGUUACUUUAAUUAAAUAUAAUUUUAUAUCAGUUUUUGGUAUAAACUGUGCACUUUCAUACAAUACAGAAACUAAUCAAAUUAUUGAAAGUGAUUCUGAUGUACCAGCGAAUACACAAUUCUUUCAAAUACUUCAUGGUUAUAAUCUUUUUAUGCAAAUCAAAAAGAUCUUUAUUUCAUUUAUAAAUAUAGCGAAAUAUGAUCGAAAAAUCAUCCAAUUAACAGUUAUUAUACUUAUUUUUACAAAAGGUUUUUCAAUAGCUAAUGAUCAUGAUGAACCAAUACUCAAUGAUAAAAUGUCUGUAUAUCGUGCACAAAAUUAUUACGCAGAACUAUUGUGGAAAUACAUGGAAACAAUGCAUGGAUAUGAAAAAGCAAUUAAGUUAUUUAGUAAACUCAUUGUUCAUAUCAUUUCAUGGCAAACAAUUCAUGAAGAACUGCGAAAUAAUAUAGUGCGAAUAUUAUCACCAGAAGAUAUUAGUGAAUUAAUGCCAAUUCUGAAAUCAAUAUUGCGCAUUUCAUAA